AUGGCCGACGACGAUUCUUCAGAUCUCUCGUCUAUUUCAUCGCUAUCGGCGCCUCCUAGUGAUGAUGAGUCUGGUCUCGAAUUGACCAAGGAAAAGGGCAUUCUGAAGUUCUUCCACAAGAUCGACCGCAGCCCUGCCUUGGAGCCCAAGGAGAAGACACCGCCCCGACCCAAGAGAGAGCCAUCGCCUCCACACGAAUAUGUGCUAGCUGACAACCCCGACAUCGCUGUACGUAUUUCUGCCAUCAUUCGCUUUAUCGUAAUGUUCCGCGCCCGAUUCACCGAAGCUUUCCCCAAAAGUCUGGCGAACUUUGGACCGCAAGAGCUGGAGCGCGAUGUCGUCGAUUCUGUUCCUGGCGAGCGCGUCGAGCACUUUUUGUGCGCCGUCUUGGGGCUUUUGCUGAACAGGAAGCAGGAUAUCAAGCCUGGCCACUACAAUCGCGCGUUGGAGGAGGCUGUUCAGUCGCACAAGGGACAGUGGGCGAGGGAUUGGGAGAGCCGAAACCCGCUUUCUGGGGGUGCCACGUUUGCGUCCAUGACGCCAGUCCAACGGCUCACCUUGUUGCGCACGCUUAUUCAAUGGUCGCUCGCCUCCUCCGAUGCGAUCAAGUCAAUGAUCAACCAGCAAUACAAGAACCGACACGAAGAUGAUCGCAACAUUCCUCUCAGCGUUCAGGUGUGGGGCGGAGACGGUGACAAGCGCCGGUACUUCUUAAUUGAGGGCAACGACGACACUUCCUUCCGUGUGUACAGGGAGAGCAAUCCAGCCGGUGUUCACCGGACCUGGUGGAGCGUUGCUGGCAGCAUUGAGGAGCUUCAGGCUCUAGCCAACAAGUUGGAGACUCAGGAUGGAGGGCCCAAGGCUAGGCAGUUCGCAAAGAACAUUCUCAAUGCGAUUCCUAGAUUUGAGGCUACCGAGGAGAAGAGGAGACGCAGGGAGUAUCGCCAGAUGCAGAAGGAACGGUUCAGGCGGCCAGAGCCUGGUUUCUCUCUAUAUGAGGGCCGCACCAGAGGCAAGAGGAUGAAGUACACAUAUUCCGACGACGAGGCCGAGUUUCUUACCGAUUCCACCAACCACCGAUCUACUCGCAACACACGAAACCACACACCGGCCGAGCCAAGUGGUCCAGUCACUACUGCGAGCGGGCGCCAGAUUAGAGCCCCUACGAGACUCAACGCAGAGAAAUCCAGCGAAGCUCCGAGCGCGGCUACUAGUGUUCAGGGCGAUGACACAGAGAACAAGGAGAAUGAGCUUGGGUCAAGGGGACGCCCUAGACGCUCUGCUGCUGUCAAUCACGGUACAAACGGCUGGGCCGCCAGCAAAAAGAGAAAGAGCGAGGAGUUCGAGUCGGAUGCUUCAGACGGAAGCGAGCCUGAUUUUGGGGAUGACGAAGAGGAGGAGGCCGACAUCCCAGACGAGUCUGAAGACGAGGAGGAAUUCGAGGAGGAUUCGCCCAUGGACGAGGAUUUGGAGGAUCAGGCCGAACCCGGCAGCAAAAUCUUCAAAUUCCCGAUCCGAGUUGCGUUUGAUGAGAACAACAAGGUGCGGCAAAUUCCUGGCCCGCCCGUGGUUGUUUCACCAAAGAACGCCAGGGCUGCAGCUCGCAGGAAUGUGGUUGUGAGUGAGAGCUCCGAGUCGACUGGCGCAGAGGAUGAGCCAGAGGAGCCAGAGCCACCGGCCGCUGAGGAGAUUAUCGCCGUCCCAGCCAAACGCGCCUUGACACCUCAGACCCAAACGGAGACUAAUGUUGACAAGUCUGGCGAGAAGGAGGUUAAGACUACGGAUGAGGGUAUGGCUCCUCCCACGCCCUCGAGCGGGCCAGCCACGGCUUUGGCUUUCCGGGGCAGUCCAGAGAAGCCAGCGCAGCCGCCAAUGGCUGCGGCGCAGGCUGUACCAGCCGUGGGCGACAUCGAGUAA